AUGGCUCGGCUGCCAGUGGUCCUGGCCCCGGCUCUGGCAGUCCUCUUGCUCCUGCAGUCUCUGCCCCCCGCUAGCACCCGCCCAGCUCCAGGCCCUGACUACCUGCGGCGAGGCUGGCAGCGGCUACUGGAUGAGGGAGAGGGCUGCGGGCCCUGCCAGCCGGAGGAGUGCCCUACGCCACGGGGCUGCUUGGCAGGGCGUGUCCUGGACGCGUGCGACUGCUGCUGGGAGUGUGGGAACCUGGAGGGCCAACUCUGUGACCUAGACCCAGACGGCCACUUCUACGGGCGCUGCGGGGAGCACCUGGAGUGUCGGCUGGACGCAGGCGGGGACCUGCAGCGCGGAGAGGUGCCAGAGCCCCAGUGCCUCUGCCGCUCUACAAGCCCGCUCUGCGGCACGGAUGGGCGCACUUACGCGCAGAUCUGCAGUUUCCAGGAGGCUGCUCGGGCCUGGCCACAGGCCAACCUCACUGUAAUGCACCCUGGACCCUGUGAGGCGGAACCCCAAAUCCUGUCCCCACCUCGGGACGUGUGGAAUGUGACUGGGCAGGAUGUGAUAUUCGGCUGUGAGGUGUUUGCCUAUCCAAUGGCCUCCAUUGAGUGGAGAAAGGAUGGGACAGAGACACUGCUACCUGGAGAUGAUCCCCAUAUCUCUGUGCAGUUUAGGGGGGGGCCACAAAGGUUCGAAGUGACUGGCUGGUUGCAGAUUCAGGCUGUUCGAGUGAGUGAUGAGGGCACUUAUCGAUGCCUUGCCCGAAAUGCCUUGGGCCUGACCACAGCCCCAGCUAGCCUCACAGUGCUCACCUUGGACCAGCUGAACAACACAACCAUCCCCCUGCUUAAUUCUUUGAGCCCAACUCCUGAAGAGGAGGCUGACAGUGAAGAGGGGGAUGACUAUUACUAGACCCUGUGCCCACCUUCAAUGCCCUCACCAUGGCUCCCUAAAAUAGUAUUUCACAAAUGGCUCCUAGACCAGUUACCUUAGCUACCCUGAGCAAUGACCAUUCUGUCUCCUUUUCACUUCCCAAAUGAUAUGGGCAAUGGAAGGCUGUGGAGGGUAUAGGACAUCUUCCUCCUGAUUUCCUUGAGUUGAAGGCAUCAGUAACCAACCCCUUGGGGUGGGGGUUAAGGGAGAAGUUCUUUUAGUGACUGAUCCCUUUCCUAUCCACCAGCCCAUAAAGAGGUACCCUGGAGCAACAAUGGUCUUCAACAGAGACAGGGAACUGAAAGGUUUGAGGUCUUCUGAGUCCCUUGCUGGAGUGACCUAGAUCCAAGGGGACACAGAUUUGAAGGUGUAAAGGUGGCACAUAGGCACAUAACCAUGACUCUUACAGGAAUCUGGGAGAUAACCUAGCCCUGGAGCUAGUGGUGAGGACAGAAAUCAGACUCCUGGUUCCAUCCUAGGCCAGACUGGUAGGGUUUAGCCAAAAGCCCAAGAAAGCCCUUUAAUGUUCAACUUGGGGUCAGGAGAGAGGGCUAGGGCUGCUCUGCCCCCACUUUAGUCAAAGUAUCCUGACUCCCCAAAGCUCACAAGCUGUCUUCACUCCUUUGACCUUACACACUACCCUCCUCGCCAACAUACUCCUGUAUAUCUUUUCCCAUCCAGCUCCUUUCCCUUACGUAGCUGAUCCCUCCCCCAUGAAGCCUCUGAUCCCACCAACAACCAUUGUCUUCUAUCCCACUCCCACAAGUUGUGUUUUAUAACUUAUUGUUUGUGUCCAUGCCAUUUCUGCUAUUGUCAAUAUAGGUCUCAUUUCUUUUAUUACUUGUAUAGUUGUCUCAACCUUUCUUA